AUGAAGCUCAUUUGUGACCGCCCUGCAAAAAUUAUUCAACCUCCGGUGGAUACGCGGGCGAUUGCUGGCGAAUCAGUCCUAUUCUUUUGUCAGGCAGAGGGUAAUCCGGCACCGCGAAUAGUGUUUCGUUGGAACGACGUAGAACUGACCCACAGUCGGCCGGGUAUGCAGCUCAAAGUCACCUCACCGGACAGCGUAUCACUACGGGCGAAGUUGGAGAACAGCCACAAUGGGGAUAGUGUAACUUGUUAUGCACAGAAUCAAGUCGGUUCCGACUCGGCCACGGCUCACAUCACCGUUUACAAUGCGAAUGAGACUGAAAAACGUAAAACUCAUGAGUUGAUCGAGGACUCCGUUGAUCCGUGUUUACUCAGUGAGGUGUCCAAAACACACAAAUCCAUUAUUCUCUGUGCUGCAGUAUCUCACGUAUGGAUAAUCCGACCGGACGAGGGGGACCAAAUCCGGGAGAGGAUUAAGCGAAAUUUCCCCUAG